GAGGUACCUUAAUACUUUUCCCUCAUCAACCAGAAUCUCCACCAACACGAGAACAACACCACCAUCGGCAUCCACCACCCUACAAACCACCUAGUACAAUUACAACCAAACCCCCAAAAUGGGCCACUCCCACUCCCAACCCUCCGCCGCCCUGCACCUCCCCCCCUCCCUCACGCACACCGGCCUCCCCCCGCGCAUUGCCGCCGCCUACGAAAAGUCCUGGACCAAAAUCACCAUCCUCCUCAGCGACGCCACCACGCCCAACGCCCCGACGGGCUACGCCAUAACCCUCGACCAAGGCUGGUACGGCUCCAUGACGAUGCGCGCGGGCCCACGCACCGAAGACCCGGCACUCGCCGAGGUGCAGCCGGCGGGGCGGAUGCGGCAGGAUUUUGCUGUGGGCUUGCCUGCGCUGGGGCCGGAUGCGCCGCAGCGGGCGGAGGUGUUGAGGUAUGUGGUGGGGUGGAAGAGGGAGAUGUACUGGUUUGCGAUGGAGGUUGGGAAUGGGAAUGGGGCGCGGCAGGUGGAGCGGUUUGAGUGGCGGCGGUCGCGGGGCGGGGAGGUGAAGGGGGUUGAGGGCGGGAGUGGGUGGGGAUGGAAGUUGGUGCGCAUGGGGGCUGGCGAGGCGGGCGCUGCUGCUGCGGAGGGCCAUGGUCAUGCGGAGGAGGGGGUGGAUGGUUUGACGAGUGAUGGGAAGGAGGUGGUGGCGGUGUGGGCGAAUCCGGGCACGCUGAGCUUGACGAAGUUGGGGCAGUUUGAGUUCAGGGGCAGUGGUGCGACGGGCGAGCUUGGCCUGCUCUGGAGCAUCAUGGCUGUUAUGAGCUGCAUGUGCAUUUGGCAGAAGACGAUGCAGAGCGCCAUCACGACAGGCGUUGUGGCCGGUGCCGCUUGAGCUUGUUCAAUGAAAAGGGUCAGGGUGGGUACCUUAGGUAGUAUGAGGUGAAUCAGGUGGGAGCGCUGGAUUGCCAGUUAGAGCAACUGUUUGGUGCUUUUUUGGAAGGUGCUAGGGAGGACUUGACUCGUUCAGCGAGCUUCUUUUGUCAGUCUAGGUUAGGAAAGCAUGGCGUUUUGGAAUGAAUGGAUCAACACGUUACGAUGGAUGGCCGGCGU